UUAUCUUUUUCUCAUAUUCUUUACAGGUUUCGUCAAAUGUACAUGCCUAAAUUAUUCUUGUAGUCAAGUAAUCUCUCUCUCUCUAGUUGUGUCUUCUAGGAUGUCAUCCACCGUUGAGUCGGUCCCCAACACCAGCAACACCUCUUACACUCAAACCAGCACAUCUGUGCCAACACGGACGGAUGUUACAAGCACUGAACGGUCCAGUCCUGUAUCAACACACUCAUAUGUCGAGCGAACAGACAUUGAAGACAGCAGCACAGCGUCUGCGCAGACGUCCGCAGAUACAGUUGAAGUUGUGUCUUCUAGGAUGUCAUCCACCGUUGAGUCGGUCCCCAACGCCAGCAACACCUCUUACACUCAAACCAGCACAUCUGUGCCAACACGGACGGAUGUUACAAGCACUGAACGGUCCAGUCCUGUAUCAACACACUCAUAUGUGGAGCGAACACACACUGAAGACAGCAGCACAGCGUCUGCGCAGACGUCCGUUGUGUCUUUCGAGAUGUCAUCCACCGUUGAGUCGGUCCCCAACGCCAGCAGCAGCUCUUGGACGCAUGUUGCAAGCAUUGAAUCGUUCAGCCCUGUAUCACAUGUGGAGAGAAGUGAAACUGGAGACAUCAGCACAACGUCUGCGCAGACGUCUGCAGCGUGUUUAUAG